AGAAGACAGUGGAUUUCCACAUCAGUUUCUGAAUUUAGCAUACAGACUAUGAGAAGACAACGAAAUGAAGUUGUAGUUGAAUUAAGGAAGAAUAAAAGAGAUGAACAUCUCUUAAAGAGAAGAAAUGUGCCACAUGAAGAUAUCUGUGAAGACUCUGACAUAGACGGUGAUUUUAGAGUACAAAAUACCUCUCUAGAAGCUAUUGUUCAAAAUGCUUCAAGUGAUAACCAAGGAAUUCAAUUAAGUGCAGUACAAGCUGCUAGGAAACUUUUGUCCAGUGAUCGAAAUCCACCAAUUGAUGACUUAAUAAAAUCUGGAAUAUUGCCUAUUUUAGUUCAUUGUCUUGAAAGAGAUGACAAUCCUUCUUUACAGUUUGAAGCUGCAUGGGCUUUGACAAACAUUGCAUCUGGAACAUCUGAACAGACACAAGCUGUGGUUCAAUCCAAUGCUGUGCCACUUUUCCUAAGGCUUCUGCAUUCACCGCAUCAGAAUGUCUGUGAGCAGGCAGUGUGGGCAUUGGGAAAUAUUAUAGGUGAUGGACCUCAGUGUAGAGAUUAUGUGAUAAGCCUUGGAGUUGUAAAGCCUCUACUUUCAUUCAUAAGUCCGUCUAUUCCUAUAACAUUCUUAAGAAAUGUUACCUGGGUUAUGGUCAAUUUAUGUCGCCACAAAGACCCACCACCACCAAUGGAAACAAUUCAGGAGAUUCUUCCAGCUCUUUGUGUAUUAAUUCAUCACACAGAUGUAAAUAUAUUGGUAGACACUGUCUGGGCCCUCUCCUACCUUACGGAUGCUGGCAAUGAACAGAUACAGAUGGUAAUAGACUCCGGAAUAGUUCCUCAUUUGGUUCCUCUACUCAGCCACCAGGAAGUUAAAGUUCAAACUGCUGCACUUCGAGCUGUGGGCAACAUUGUUACUGGGACUGAUGAGCAAACUCAAGUAGUUUUAAACUGUGAUGCUCUUUCACACUUCCCAGCACUUCUCACUCAUCCCAAAGAGAAAAUUAAUAAAGAAGCAGUGUGGUUCCUGUCUAACAUCACUGCAGGAAAUCAGCAGCAGGUUCAGGCAGUAAUUGAUGCCAAUCUUGUACCAAUGAUAAUACACCUUUUGGAUAAGGGAGAUUUUGGCACACAGAAAGAAGCUGCUUGGGCCAUAAGUAACUUAACAAUUAGUGGAAGAAAAGACCAAGUGGCCUACCUUAUCCAACAAAAUGUUAUUCCACCUUUCUGCAAUUUGCUGACUGUAAAAGAUGCACAAGUUGUGCAAGUAGUGCUUGAUGGACUAAGUAAUAUAUUAAAAAUGGCUGAAGAUGAGGCGGAAACCAUAGCCAAUCUCAUAGAGGAGUGUGGUGGACUGGAGAAAAUUGAACAACUUCAGAAUCAUGAAAAUGAAGACAUCUACAAAUUGGCCUAUGAGAUCAUUGACCAGUUCUUCUCUUCAGACGAUAUUGAUGAAGAUCCUGGCCUUGUUCCAGAGGCAGUUCAAGGUGGAACAUUUGGUUUCAAUUCAUCUGCCAAUGUACCAACUGAGGGGUUCCAGUUUUAGAAAGAUAUUGUGGAAGCUAGGUACAAUGCAGCACUGAGACAUAUAUAUAUAUAUACACAUAUAUAUAAAAAGGUUCGAUCCAUCAAGCUUGGCUCAUGGGAUCUGCUGCUGCAUUAAAUCGGGAGAGAAAAUGUGAAGAUUUCAUUUGGAAUCGCAGAAUAUGCCCAAAUGAGGUCAAGGUGGCGAGUGGGUGCGAGUGAGAAUGAGUGGCAAUGUAAGGAAAGGUUGACGUGAAUGCUUAUUUAGGUUGAGAGUAAACGGGCUACAGGUCACAGGUGUUGGUGCCUGAGAAGGAGCACUGACUCCCUCUGUCAAUGGAGGGAAGUGAAGUGCUGUCGUCAUCAAGCCUUGUAAGCAUGAAAGCGAUGCCCAUGGAAGUCAAGGGAAAUGAGCCCAGGCUUGCUGAGAAGCAGUGUGAGUGGACAGUGGUGAGUGAGUGUCUGGCUCCGUGGUAGAGAGCCAGGUUCAUCUUUCCAAUCUAGGGCUCUUCACGCAUGCCCUGGACUCCUAGUCCUGGAGUGACUGUGUAGAGUGUGGUUGUGGUGCUGUAUGUGGACGCAUGCAAGCUUGAUUCGCCUUCAGGGGGCUGAUAACAAACCUAGUAGAUCAUCAAAGUGAGAUCACAAGUGUUAAUGUACACUGGACAUGAAAACAAAGACCGGUUUAGCAGCAGACAUUGGUUUACUCUGCAGCCUGUGUUUUCUAUUCUCCUUCUACCUUCCCCCUCUCCCCCUUUUUUUAAUUUAGUUUUUAUUUACCUAGUAUGGCUUUUUUAGUUGCUUCUCAAGUCAGAAAAUUUCAGGAAGGUUUCCCUGUGCAUUUGCACCAGAUGAGUGUUUGAUGCUAUGAAAAGCUUUCCAUAUCAUCAAAACUAAUUUGUGUAGAUUUUUGCAUGAAAAAAAUCAUAAAUUUCCCUCACAGUAGACUGUGUUGCAGCACACAAGUUGCCAUAAUAGUAUAAAAUGUGCUUUAAAAGCCAUUCUUUUCAUUUUCAGAGAUAACAUAAAGAUCUUUGCAUGAGGUAAAUCUACAGCAUAGUUCAUUUUUAGAUUUCGUUGAGUCCUGUAAAGAAGAGAAGUUUCAGUUGUGCUAGAAUACUGUGCUGUGUUGAAAUGUUAACUUGUUUUCAGAUUUUGUUUUCUAUGAAAAUGAUAUGGAAGCUUCUGAAAUGGAAUUUGGUGCAUAUGUACUGCUGAAUAAAGACCGAUGAAGGGGUUUGAGUAGAUGUACAAAUCAAGUAAUGGUUUGAACACCUUCAAUAAUAUGCCUAAUCUGUUGAAUUGUUUUAGAAUCUUUUUAUCUUAGAUGUAGGCAGCCAUGAACAAUCUAUUUUGAGCCACUUUAGGGAGAAAACUUUGUAUUUUUAAAACUUGCAUAAAAGUUAUGCAAGUGGUUUUUAUAAAUUGGAAUAAUACCUCAGUUGUGAGGUUACGCACACUAAAUUAAAUAUGUCAUAAAUUAAUUUGUACAAAAGGAACUCUUUAUAAGGUGGCUCAUUGUAGGAACUCCUGUGCCUUCCCCUUUGAGCACAAGUGUUGCAUGAACAACAGUUUGCUAUAAGAAACAUACCAGGUUAGCCACCAUUAGCAUCUAUAUCUACUUUGUGUUUAAAAAUCAACUGGUAAUUCUGAAACACUGUAGAAUGGAUAAAAAUUAUUUUGUGAUCAUAACUCUUUGUUGAACUAGAGUAUUUUUGCAGCAUUCCUUGUCAUCAAAAACAUGGUUAAAGUUUAAAACUAGAAGCAGCAGAAAACUAGCUUGUAAAAUUUAUCCAAGUAGAAUACAGGCUAGGCUGUCUUGGGGAAAUAAACAUUAAAACUUAAAACAAUGUUUUACAUGGGGUGUGUGUGUGAUGUGUGGAUUUCUUUUUCUGUCUAAUAUUAAGUUAGAGCAUACCUCAGUGGCUUCUGUUAGCUUCUUGCCUGUCUUAAGCCUUUUUCCUAGAACCAGCAUAAGACGUCAUGAAAGCUGUAACUUCGUCCUGGCAUGUUAGUAUUGCCGUCCACAGAGUUUGUUCAGUUGACGCCGUCUACACUUGCACCUUUCCCAGCUGACACCAAGGUUUUGACCUUCCUUCACUUUCCCAAGUCAAUGGGAUUAAGAAACAGCUUGAGCUAUAUUUUAAAUACUGUCAUAGCCAACAUGUGGCUCCAAAUGAUAGAUUGCAUACAAAGCCUAUUUUUUGCAUAAAGUGUGAAUUCUGGGAAGGUGAGCAUGUACUCCCUUAUAUAAUUACUAUUUUUUAAUUAAACAGUAAUCACUGAGCUUGUAAUAGGUACCUGUAUAUAAAGUAUUCUGGCAGGUAGCUCAGCAUGGUGUCAUGCCUGUGAUCCCAGCUCUCAGAAAGCUGAGGCAGGAGAGUCACCUCGUUCAAAUACAGCCUUGGUUGUAUUGUCAUGAGAUCCUGCUUCAGGAAUUAAAACAAAAUGUGUGGGAACAAUAUUCACAUCUCUAAGGGCUACCUGAAUGUCUAAAUACUUGUUUCUAACUAUGAUCACUAUGGGACAUUGAUUUUUUUUCUAUAAUUCUAAGGUGUGCUUUUCUAUAUCUAAAAUGUGUCCCAAAUAACACAACUUUUUAAAAAAUUCUUCAGUGACCUAGGAAACUGAUUGAAUUUUAACAAAAACCAUUAUAUCUGAUAAGGGGGAAAUAGAGUAAUAAGUCUAAUAAGCUAACUGUUAUUAUAUUUCAUGUUCUUAAACUGCCAUGUUUAACCCCAAGCCCUUUUCAAGUGCUACAAAAAUAAAAAUACUGUGUUAAGAUGUGUGAGUAGACCUAGUCUAAAAUAUACUUUAAUACUGUUCAUCAUACCAUGGUGGUGCAUGCCGCUAAUCCCAGCAGAGGCAGGUGGAGGAUCUCUAGAGGCCAACCUGGUAUAAAGAAUGAGUUCAAGAUAGUCAAGACUACACAGAGAAACCCUGCCUCAAUUUCAUCUAUGUUUCAUUUUGUAAUUUUGAAAGGCAUCAGUAGCCAUGUGGUAUGGUGGAACUGGUAUUUUCCACAUUGUGCUAGGCCAAACCUAGAACGUUUCUAUAUUUGGAACUAUCUACACUUCAUUAAAAUGUAGGUGGGAGGGUCUAGUUAGGUUUACCUUGACUACACUUCAUAGGGUGAUGGUGCGUUUGUUGUAACAUCAGUAUAACUCACGGAACACUCUUUUCCAAUUCUCUGUUGUUCAGCUUCAACAAAAAGUUAGAAAUAAAUGAAGUUUUGUCUUUUAAGACUAAUAACUAAUUACCUCAAGUUUGUUGCCCUAGAACAUGACGUGUUUGUUGUUUCACAGUUUCUGUAGUCAGGAAUCUAGUUAGAGUUUGACCCUCUACUCAGGGCCUGACAAGGCUACAGUUUCAUCUGAAGUGGGGGCUCUUGCUCUCUGCGCUCCUGCAACACAAUCCUUUCCUGGCCGCUUGCUUCUUCAAGACUACCAGGAAACUUUGGGAUCUCAGGGGAGGCCCUCUUUUAAAGAGCUGGCUCGAUAAGGUCAGGUCCCUCACACCCCAGGGUAAGUUCCCUUUGAUUAAACUUCAGACCAAACUAAAUAGGUACAUUUAUUACAGUUGCAAAAUCCUUUCCCAUUUGGUGCAUUCUGGUCCAUUCCAAGAGGAAUCGUCUGUUAGAUUGGCAGGUCCUAUCCUCUAGCAGGAAGGUGCUGUACAGAGUGUGUACGUGUGCCAGAUAGUGUUGGGGGCCAUUGUACUUUCUACAUGUCACGGAACUAUAAAGUGAUUUCUCCCACACAGUACAAGCUAAGAGUCUCAAUAAGAUUACCUGUAAGAACCCAUCAAAACUUCUAGUUUAGUUUACCCUCAAAGUACAUAUACAUGCAAUUUACAUGGAGUAAUAUUGGAAUUAGUAGGAAUUCCUAAAUUACAGAAUAAUAUUAGAAGCCUGAAUGUUUGUGUGCUCUUACACCUUUUUUACUUGGUUUCUUAUUGGCAAGAUUUAUUAAAUGUCACCUAAUAAUUUAAUAUUAGAAAAUCCAGAUAGCUAUUCAGUAUUAUCCAAAUACUUUACUAGCAAAUCCAUGCCUAAAAAUUUGAACACUUUAAUGUUAAGCUUCUUAAAUAACCCAUUACUAAAACAUGCUCUUUUUAGGGCUGGGGGUUCAGUUCAGUUUUAUGACACUUGCCUGGAAUGUGAGGAACCUUGGAUAUUAUCCUAGCACUGCAAAUAUAUGUACGAGAGAAAGAUUGUGUGUGUGUGUGUUUACACGAGUGUUCAUAUGUGUGCUUUAUUUAAAAUGCAUAGGUAAAUGUUGCACAGGUGUGUAAAUCACAGUGCACGUUGGUGGCAGUAAUGCAACCCUUUUCAAAAAACGAGCUCUUACUGUGUUGCUGAGACAGGUCUCUAUCUCCUUUCUCUGCUCAUAACCAUCUUCCUGCCUCAGCCUUCGUGGAAGCUGAGCUUACAGGCACAUGCCACUGCGUUUUCCUGUGUAGUGCGCAUUAACUCGUUAAUAAAGAAUGCUGUAGCUGUGCCGUGAUGGCGCACCCCUUUAAUCCCAGCACUCGCGAGGCAGAGGCAGGCGGAUCUCCGUGAGUUCGAGGCCAGCCUGGUCUACAGAGGGAGUUCCAGGAUAGGUUCCAAAGCUACAGAGAAACCCUGCCUCAAAAAAACCCAAAAUAAAUGGGGGUGGGGAGAUGAAUGCUUUAAAGCCGAGCACUGUGAUCAGAAGUAGUUGUCUACUGAACUUUUUUUUAAUUAUUAUUAGUCAUGGGAAAAAUAGAAUUAGCAAGUUUUCCCCUGGAGACUUAACCUAGAAAUUUCAUUAAACUUGAAUAGUUAUAAAAAAAAAUAACAGGGCCUUUAAAAUAACAGAAAAUUUGCUCCCGAUGUCUGUAUCAAGUUGCCUUUUUUUUUUUUUUCUGGCAUAAUAGCUUCUGCUUUGCGAGACCAGCUGAGUACACAGGAAAGUGCCUCCCACCACGGGGCUUCAGCAGGCCCUGUUGCUGAUUCCCUCUGCUCUGUUUCUUGCCUUUUCUCCACAGAUUUCAUCUCCCUUAUAUCUGAAAGUAUGCUGCCCACCCCAACUUACUUAACUCUUUAAAUUCUUGGUUCUUCUGCAAAGCGAUUUUGGGCCUGGUAAUAUGGCUCACAGGGUAAAGGUACUUAACUCCAAGCCUGAUGACCUAAAUUUGAUCUCUGAACUCACUUGGUGGAAGGAGAAAACUGACUCAAAAGUUGGCCUCUGACCUCCAUGUAUAUACCCACACACUCAAAAAAAAAAAAGCCUCUUAAAGCCUGUAUCCUUAUUUUCCCUAACCGUGUUUGACUUCUAAUCUGGAUAGCUGUGUUAGUGUAGUUUUUAUUUUCUCUUAAUAAUUGAAUACGUCGGGCUGGGUAAGUUUUAAAGACAUUCACUUGGGUCCAAGGGGCUGAAUGUAGUGUUUGCUGUCCUCUGGUAAUCACAUGACAGGAAGUGGGGCGCUUAUAUGAAUAUAUAUGUCCUUUUGCUGGGUUUCUUCUUGGCCCACAAACAUGUCAUCUUGGAGGCUCUAAUAAUGACCUUGUCUAAUCUUACCACAUACCAAAUGCCCCACCAAUAAAUACCACUGGAUUAAGUUGUCACCUUUGAAUGGAUAAAAGACUUAGGAGGACACAAUAUCUGUAGCUAAUGAACUCUUUGACUAUAGUUGCUAAUUUUACCCAAAGAUUCUUCCAGUCUGUUUUUACUCGUAAUUUGAAACAGCUGUUAAGAGUGUCUAAUAAUCUCCAUGACUUUAUGGUGGAAUCAGCCUGUAGUGACUUGCCUUCCAGAUAGUUUCCUCAGUGCCUCUCCAUCCUGCUGAGCCCUUUCUCAUUAGUAUACAGCUGCCAUUUUAUUGUGUGUGUGCUUGGGUGUAUGUGUGUUGAGCAUGCUGAACACCGCUGAGCUACAUCCCAAGCCUGCCUUUUUACUGUUUGGGGAUAGAGUAAUACUAUCUAACUCUCCAACUUGACUAAAAGAGUCUUUUUCCAAAGAAUAAUGGAAAGUUCCCAUAAUUUAACUCACAGUCAGUGGGGAUGUACUAGAUAACAUCUCUUACAGUGUUAAGGGUUUUGCCUUUGUUCAGUUCUACAUGAAACAUAGCCGUCAGGUUAUUCUGAAUAGCUUCUACCUCUAGCUGUUUCCGUUUUGAUUUGCCAAUGUACUUUCUUCAUAAACAGGUGAAGUUUUCAACAAAUCCACUAACUUCCAGUAUUGGAGCUACACCACCUAUGUAACUCUGCCACAUCUGUAUUUUCAUAACUGGCCUACUGGUCUUUAACAUGGUGGCAUCUCUAGCCAACUUAAACAUUUAACCUGAAGCAUUAUAUAUGUAAUAGAACUGAUGCAGAAAAACUUUUUUAUUCUCCUUUGAACCAGUUUAGGAUUGUCGUCUACAUGGUAGCUUUGUUGUCAUCCAGCUCCACUGUGGUUAGAGGUGCUAAGAGUCCUGCAAACUGUCUCCCCAUUACCACUACCCCUGUAGUCCUUGUGCCCCAAGUACAGGGAGGAAGGGAGAACUUACCUCAUUUGUAUCCUGGGUGUUUUAACUUCACUCUUGUCUCUUGCCUAUUUUAAAUCUAUGUCCUUCAGGAAGUCAGGAAUAUAACCAAGGCUAUCCACCAUCUUUGCCAUCCCCCAUUAACUCAUUUUGCAAUAUGUGUUUUAUGUUGAUGGUGAAUUUUCAGUCUGUAGUGUCUGUUCACUCAUUGCUUUCACACCUGCGUUUCUCGUCUUUCUCCCGCUAGAUUGUAAGCUCCUUAAGGGCAAGGUCAGCGUAUCAGCAAAGCUAUGUAAACACCAUGAACGUGCCGGGAAUUCUAUGGGCACUCAAUAAAAGUGUGUGAUAAUGA